CCCAAACCCAAUUUCCUCCCCGUCACGAGCAAGGCGCGAGCCCGGCCGCGAGCGUCGAGCAAGCAGCGCUCCACCAUCGUCUCCCCUCCGCCCGCCGUUGUCUCGAUCCCCUCUGCUCGUCGCAUGCCGCUGUACCAAACAAACCACCAUCUGUCACCGUCUCUUCUCCUCCCCGCUUCACCAAUCAAUCCAAACCCUAGAGCAAUACCCCUUGCUGGAAUCGCUCGCACCCUAGAGCUCCAGUUCCCACCCCAGCCACGGCGGAUCAGGGGCAGUCUGGUCUGCUGCCGCAGCGAUAUCGUGCGCCCCGGAUUUGAGAGUUCCAAUGCCGAUUUCGUACGUGGUCGUGGUCCCUGGGUGGAUUAUUGGACAGAACCUUUGCGCCAAGGCUUCGGUUUUGCGUGGUUCUUGGAUCCGGUUAGAGUAGGUUGUGGUUUGUGUCGGCCGUCACGCCAUCCGUCCUCAUGGUCGCGCAAACCAGCAGCAGUUGUUGUCAUUUUUCCGCUGAGUGUGAUGCCUCUUCUCACGGCCAAACCAGUCACGAAUGCUAUACAGAUAGAACCAAGGGCAAAUCGGUCUUUCUCCGUACGAACUCACGGCUAAACACUUGAUCUGAGCAGCAGCAGUGACGGAAGUGCUACCGAUCGAAGAAAAACAAGUGGCCAAUGCUUCUAGUCGAAAGCGGGAAGUUUCCAUGCUAUUUUUUGGUUACCGACUUGUUUUCUAUGCUAUAGAUCGAAUUUUCUCAAAAAGAAACCUCUCGUUGUCUCCUCCGCUCCUUGCCUCCUUGCGCCGCCGCCAAGACGAGUGGCGGCUGAACAAGGGAGGGCCGGGCGGCGAUCUCCAUCGCAGCGGAGGGGAGGGGAUCCUGGUGCGUCUUCUUUCUGAUUCAUCUCUCUCUCUCUCUCCCACCCCACCGGGACUGGAAUUUGCGGGAUUGCGUUCGUAAACCCUACUAGCUUCUCUUCUAGAUCUUCUCCUCCUCCUUAAUUUGAUAGCCUUAAACCUCUCUUAAAUAAAUAAUUCAAGUAAUAACAGUUUGUUUGUUCACCCAAAAGUUUGGGGGUUCAACUGAACCCCCAUGUCCCAAGUUGGAUCCGCCCCUGUGUCGAGGUCUUGGUGGUGGUGGGUACCAUUUCAGAAUCAAACCUCAUUUCCCAUGCAUAAAAUAGUAUGUAUAGUGUGUUUACUUAAUUUUAGGAGAGAAAUAGAAUGCUCCAUUCACACAUACUAGCACUCAUUUUGUCAUCAGUAAUGGAGAUGUCAUCACUACUACUCCCCAUGCCAUGCAAAAUAAAUAUCCAUAUUACCGUUUCAUUGCCCACAUUAUGAUCUUUAAUUCGGAAAUAAUAAGGCAUUGCAGCGAGAAAUCCAUGGCAUGGGGAGGUCUCUUCUUGAGCUUCAGCCGUCCCUCACAGGACCAACAGAAGUCAUGCCUUUCAGCUGCUGGUGGUUUCAACUAUGAUGCGCCUCUCCAUGGUGCCUCAAGACCAAAAUCAGUAGCUAAAUUGACUGCGGGAGAUACUGAAGCAAGUGACAAAGCGCUUGUCGAGCGCGGCUUCUUCGUGAACCGUUCACGUGUUCUGGUUGGCUCUGGCACUACCACCUUCAACCAUGCCAAAUCCGCGCUUCUCUCCUGGAAGCAUUUGGCACUAGGCUGGGCAAAUGUGGAACCCGACACACCGGUGAAGGCUGGAACAAGGUUCUGCAUUUGUUACAAGGAGCUGAUCCCUUGGGUCAUGUUGCCCCUCCAGAUUGCCUAUGUGACCGAUGGCAAUGGAGGCAACUCCUCAGGCCAUGGAAAAGGCUGCGUUUUUGCUUAUGGUAGCGGCACUCUACAAGGCCAUCUGCUGGCAGGGGAGGAGAGGUUCUCGGUGCAGCUGGACGAAGACGAUCAGGUGUGGUACGAGGUGAUGUCCUUCUCGAAGCCAGCACACAUCCUGUCCAGCCUCUGCUACCCGUACGUGCAGCUGAGGCAGAAGCAUUUCGCGCAUCAGUCAGGGCAGGCACUGCUCAGGCAUGUUGCCAGCCGCUCCAGGGACACACGGUGAUCGACUUCGUCUGCAGAUUUGAUCUUUUCUUCAGGAGUAGUCUUCGCAUGUUGUGAGUGAGCCUGCUUGUAUGUUCCUGUAUCUAUGUCCGAAUCUGCUCCUGAGAGCAUUAUUAGUUUGUAGUUUGAAUUUUUGAGCUCAGGGUAAUUAUUUAGCAUUUGUGCUUUGUUGUUAAGUUUUAGAUCAAAUUGAGGUGUUAUGGUGAUGUAAAUUCAGAUUUCCAUGGUUUGUUACUAAAUCAAAAGGAAGAAUGAAAGAUAAGCACAAGAGGAACCCCACAGUUCCACGGAACAGGUAGAAGAGACGUCUUGCACCAGGCAAACGCCCCUUGUUUAUAGUGAUGAGAGUAUGGAUUAUCUGUUUGUCCCCUUUACCAUGGUAGUAGAGUACUCAAUGGAUUAGCAACUUUUUCCA